GAGGAGGGGGAGUAGCGGGUAGAGAAAGGGAGAAAGGAGGCUGGGUGCUCGUUCGACAUAGCGAUGAAAGAGUUUGUUCCCGGUGACUGAGGAGACCUCGUCUGACUCUCAGGCUCUCCCUCUGCCCUGCAGUGUCGGGUUGACGCUGGUUCGUCGUCACCCCCGUGGACAAUAUCAUCAUUAUUAUUUAUAACCGACCAGAAUAUUCUGUGUUACACACACACACACGGGCAAGACAUACCCGGAAAUAACAUGCGUACUCUCCGCCUGUCACGUACGCUCACUGUGGAUUUGCUUUACUGUGGGAUGUAGAUAUUUUACGCAUCGUCAAAAUGUCCAUUAAAGUGGUACAAGUGAACACGCAGCUUGAGAGCGUUGAAUGACGGCAGCCGGGUGAAGCCAGGCGCGGAAUUUAGGACAUGAAACUUCUCUGCUGUGUGUGCAAGUGGCAGCGCUCUUCUUUUUCUGAGAAAGCCAGAAAAUGAAGCGAGGACGUGAGCUACGUGCGCAUCCAGCAGACGACGAGAUGAAAUGGAGAGCUUGGGACGCACUGACACUUUAAACCCAAGCUCUUCCCAGGAAUCCGUCGCUGCUUCAGCGUCACACGAAGGAAGGACGAGCGGCCAGCAGCUCACCUAUCUGGCGGCAGAGAUUCAGCACACGUACCGAGCGGGUAUGGGGCUUAACGGCUUGUGCGCGGCGCCGGUUGGGAGUCCAACGGCCGCGGAGUUACUCGCGGGUCUGGCCUCUCAGACCGACUCGCCUGGCAUCACAACCCGGACGAAGAAGUCCAAAACCGGCGUGCCGCUCUUCAACGGAGGGGUGGUGUCUCCAUCAGCCACGGUGGAGGGGUGUCACGCAGGUGCGCUGGCUCACACACCGAACGGUGACCCGCCACAGAUAAAGCGUGCUGUGUGUGUAACCGGUGACGCCACGUACCCCGUCAUCAGCAGAGCCUGCGUGGGGGCCAGGAAAUGUCUUGAGAAGUGCCCUUCAGUGACGAGGAGGGUCAAUGGCGACUUGAAGGGCAGGCAAGUGCAACAGCAGAAACGGAGAGGUGGAGAUAACUGGGUGACUGAGACUGGACUUACCACAGGGUCACCAACAUUAGGAGGUUCUGUGAACCCGGCUUUUGUUUCCAGAGACUCCGACUCAAAGAGGAGAAAGUUGACAGAGGUUAGUGUACCUCAAAAAUCCUCAGAAGCCCCCAAAGUGGCAGGAGUGGUUGCCCCAUUCCCAGCUACUGUCACCUGCAGCAGUUCCAGCUGCAACCAAAAGACUACCAAUCAUGUGCCCUGUGUCAUUCCCCAGUUUCCCUUUACCCCACGGGCCGCUCACACUAACCAGCACAAUGGACCUAAGAUGGUCUUCUCAGACACGUCAGCUGCAUCCAGCCAGGCUCCUCCUGUGGAGGUGAACAUCAUCCCUAGUGCACCAUGUCCUGUAGGGAUUGGCUGGUCAGCAGAGCGGUUAGCCCAGCAGUACAUCAUCCCAUGCAUGAAACACUAUGGCAUCUGUGUGAAGGACAACUUCAUGGGCCCUCAGCUGGGUGACAGGGUCCGGGGGGAGGUGGAGGUGCUAAGCCACAGUGGGAAAUUUCGGUGCGGGCAGCUGGUGAGCCAGAAGAACAUUCCCUCUAAGAGCAUCCGCGGUGACCAGAUCGCUUGGGUGGAGGGACACGAGCCUGGCUGUGAGAGCAUCGGGGAGCUGAUGUCACACAUCGAUGAGGCUGUCAUGCACAGUGCUGCCAAUGGACAGCUGGGCGACAAGGUCAUCAAUGGACGCACCAAGGCCAUGGUUGCUUGUUACCCAGGUAACGGGGCAGGGUAUGUCCGCCAUGUUGACAAUCCCAAUGGUGAUGGACGCUGCAUCACAUGCAUCUACUAUCUCAACAAGAACUGGGAUGUAGAGAAACAAGGAGGGUUGUUGCAGAUUUUCCCUGAGGGCAAAAAUGUGGUAGCCAACAUCGAACCUCUGUUUGACCGACUGCUCAUCUUCUGGUCUGACCGCAGGAAUCCACACGAAGUCAAGCCAGCCUACGCCACUCGCUUUGCCAUCACAGUCUGGUACUUUGAUGCUAAAGAGAGAACAGAGGCUAAAGAGAAAUACCAAUUGGCAACAGGACCGAAAGGUGUUCAAGUGCCUGUCAGUCAAAACAGCAAGACAUAGACGUACAAUCAGUGGAGCGCACUCUAAAAUGUUAUGUGCCUUCUUCAAACCGCAAAUGGACGUCACGGUCAUAAAAGGAGGCGCUGUAAAUCUCUUCACCUCUGCAGCUCCAUGUCACUCGUACAUUGUCAGCUGUUAAAGUCUCAUCACAGGGAAGCGACGCAAUGUUUUCCAGCCACGUGAUCGACUUGCCGAUUAACGACGUGGCAAAUAUAGAGCACAACGGACUGGAUUGUGUGACGAAGGUGAGACCGAGAUGACACUUUGUGGCAAAAAAACCCACAAAAAACAACAAAAAUGAGUGAAGAGUGAACUAUGAGAAAAAAAUAAAUCAUCACAGACUCAUGAAUAUUAUUUUGUUGUGGUUCUGCCUGUUUCACCUAUCAGUGAUGUGAUGUGUUUAGAAAUCCCAGUUUUACUCUGCUCUGGUGUCAUUUUUACGUCACACACGAAUGAUCAAUCAGUGGACACAAUGGGUGCGAGGAGAAGAAAUCAACGGUGUUGUCUCUGAAAUAUCGCAAAUUCCUGUUGACAGUGAUAUGUUUUCUUUAUUUCAUUGUGUGUGUGUGUGUGUGCGCGUGUGUGUGCGCGUGCGUGUACGCGUGUGUGUGUGUGUGCUCAAUGAAAAGACACGGAGAAGAAAAAGUCCACAAAUGAUUCUCAGCUAUGAUAUAGUGGAAAGUUGCCCCGUGGCUCUCAUUUGGUCAGUCCUGGCUUGAACUCUAAUCCUGAAGAUCACAGGGAUUUAAUUACAAUUUCUAAUCUGCAUGAAGAUGACUCUACACUUAGGUUUUACUCUGUAUAGCAAACUAAGUAUAGUACCAGGACUCUAUUACAAUAUCUGCAAAAAAAAACUACUGCCUCAAAAUGUUCGUGCCACACAAAUCCUUAGAAUAAAGCAUGAAAGUUUAAUUUCUUUGGUAGAGGCUGUGUGUGAGACCGUGACCAUUUCAAGACUAAACUUUUGGUAAUACACAAAGUUUUUUCUAGCAAUUUCUGUUUUAUAGAAACUCGCACUUAAGUCGAGAGGCAAAAGCUGCCCAGAGGCAGACGUCAAAACAGGGUUUCAUGAGUGUGUGUGUGCGCGCCUCGUAUGCCUGUAUAGAGCUUCAGCUUGACUCUGUUCAUUUGUUAACAUAAUGGAAAUGGUACACUCUCACCGGCCACUGUAUUAGGUACACAGUACACCUGAUGAAGUGACAGGAAUGGCACCCUGCGUGGUCUUCUGCUCAGCUUCGAGAUUCAACAUGUUGUGCAUUCAGAGAAGGUCUUAAUAUCUCGUCGUUGUAAUGCGUCGUUAUUUGAGUUACUUGGUUUUCUUUCUCUCAUUUCAAACCAGUCUCCGACGUCCUCCUCUGACCUAUGACCAGCUUUGUCUGGCACCAACAACCGUACCACGUUCAAAAGUCAUCAAAUCGCCUUGACCGUCCCUGCAUUGACCUAUAAUUGGCUGGUAAGAUAUUAAUAAUAACUUCAGUGGCCUGUGCGUGUAUAUCACCAAUGCAGACCCUAAAAGAGCAAUAUCAAUGACAUGAUACUAAACGUUAGGGGCAUGAGAGCAGAGAAAGCACAGAGUAAAGCAAACACUGUUCAUGAACAGCAGAGUGGAACUGUUACUGGCUCACAUGAUUUGAGCUCUUGUGUGAAAAUGUGUACGUGCACGUUUCCAUGUAUGCAACAUAUUCUGCUGUCUUGAAGAAGCUCACGCACGGGUGUCGUCUCGGUGUAUGUUGGCGAGGUUUAUGAAGCACUUUAUUGUUUGCAUUACCGCGUGUGAAUGAUGUUAAAACGUUAACAAGUGUAGAUGAAUGCCUUUUAUGCUGUGGAUAAUAUGUUCAUUCAACUGCAGUAGGAACUAGAAGAAUAUAAUAUAGUAAAUGCUUUAAAAAAAAAAAGAAAAGAAAACAUUUGGAGGAUUUAAUUGAAGCUUAUUUAUUAUUUUAUUUUGUACACCAAGUGUAAUUGACUCAACUGGGAGACAGAGUCUCAGUUUUAUUCAGACACGGGUUCAAAAUAAAGAUCAAAGUCGGUCGCUUGUUUCACAAGGACUCAAAACUGA